AUGGGCUACAUUCUGGACCCCGAGCGUAUUCCACCAGAACUGGAGCCCUUCAAGGACAGGCUCAGCCCCAACUUCUUUGAGGUCAGGAAGCGCAUCAUUGAUUUCAUCAAGGAGGACAUUCUUCCAGCAAUGCCUGUGUAUGGUCAGCAAUACAGGCAAGAGGUGGCAAAGUUGAAAGAUCGCAAGCCUGCCUCGCCUCACGAAGACCCUGCCUACACCCAUCAUCCUGUUUGGGCAGCCUCGCCACCAAUCGCAACAGACUUGAGGAAAAAGGCACAGGAACGAGGCUUGUACAACUUCUUCCUGCCUGAGGUGGGGAAUCUUGGAGUACUGGAAUAUGCACCCAUCUGCGAGAUAUUGGGAGCUUUUGGGCUUUGCAAUGUGGCGAUGAACUGCACAGCACCAGACACUGGCAACAUGGAAGUCCUGGAGAAGUAUGGCACGCCGGAACAAAAGAAGAAGUGGCUGGAGCCUUUGCUUGCGGGCCAAAUUCGGAGUGCAUAUGCCAUGACCGAGCCGGGCGUUGCCAGUAGCGAUGCGACAAACAUCAGCGCUACGAUUCACAGAGAUGGCGAUGAGUAUGUCAUCAACGGACACAAGUGGUACAUCAGCGGUGCAUGUAGACCGGAAUGUAAAGUAUUCAUUUUCCUGGGGCGCUCCGGGGGUGAGUCAGCGCACAAGCAGCACUCCAUGAUCUUGGUGCCUCGCGAUGCUAACGGCGUGCACAUCAUCCGUCCUUUAGGAUUGUUUGGGCACAUCCAUGACCAUGCCGAGAUUGUUUUUGACAAUGUCCGCGUGCCCGUUGGCAACAUGCUUUUGGGAGAGGGCCGUGGCUUUGAGAUUGCGCAGGGUCGUCUGGGCCCAGGCCGCAUUCAUCACUGCAUGCGCACAAUCGGCACUGCGGAGCAGGCGUUGGAUGCUAUCAUCCACCGAGUGCAUAAGCGCGUGGCGUUCGGCAAGGUGCUUGCAAACCACGCAACCAUCCGACAAUCCAUUGCCGAAGCGCGAAUGGAGAUCACCAAGUCAAGGCUACUGUGCUAUCUCGCAGCUGUCCAAGCGGACGAUCAUGGGUUCAAGGCCGCCAAGUCUUUCAUCGCAAUGACCAAAGUAGAUGCUCCAAGAAUGUGCCAGAAGAUCAUUGAUGAGGCCAUCCAGAUUCACGGGGCACAUGGUGUGAGUCAAGAUUCACGGUUGACUGAUCUGUACCACCACGUCAGACAUGUACGACUGGCGGAUGGUCCAGACAUCGUGCACCUGAACACCAUUGCUAAGGACGAGCUCAAGCGCCAGUCAUCAGUCAUGGGCGAAAUGGUCAGCGGCAUCAACAAGAACAUUGACAAGUUCGGCAAGUUUGCGAACGUUGUGCCCGACACAAGAGCGCGGCUUUAA